CUGCGGCGCUCCAGGAUGAGUGCAGGUGGGAAUGUGCGGACUGCGUCCCACUCCGGCUCCGGAAUCCCCCUUCCCCGCAGCAUGGCCUCCGCCUCCCGCCUGGACCCCAAACACCUGAGCACCGGCCUCCUGCUGGGCCAGGAGAGGGCGCCCUUCCAGACCCACUCCGCCUCCUCCUUCUCCUCCUCCACCUCCUCCCUGCCCUCCCUCUCCACCUCACCCUCCUCCAGAGAGCUGCUGAGAGGCGGUGCCCUGAAGGGUCAGCUCCUGCACCAGCAGCAUCAGAGAGGGGGGUAUGGAGUGACCACUGGGCCCCCUGCACCCCCGGUACGGAGCUCCUCCUCGCUGGAGAAGACCUGGGGGUCACGCUCGGCCUACAGCAGCCCGCAGGUGUCCAAACGCGAGAUGCCCUCGGUGGUGGUUACCUCCCGGGACACGCUGGACAUCCGCAGGGGCUCGCUGCCCUCCGACGCCUGGCGGGAGUUGAGCAGGAAUGCCAACCGCAACCUGCGGGCCGGGCACUCGCACUUCCGCAGCCUGGACAAUGGGCCCGAGCUGGCGGCCGCCCCGCGGAGCCUGACCAGCGACUUCCUGCUGAGCCGUGGAGGCCGGGAGACGCUCUACCGAGCCAAGCCCAGCAACGGCAACCUGCUGUGGGUAGGGGGCAGUCAGCGGGGCCGCAGGGGCAUGGGGGUGCCCAGGGAGACGCAAGGAGGCAGCUUCUCGGACCUGGAGAAGGGCACUGCCAACGGAGAGCUGGGCUCCGCCAGGGCCAGGAGGCAGGCCAACAUGGUCACUAACAUGAUGCCCGCGGGCAGGGAGUCUCCACGCAUGGCGGCCGUCGCCCCCUUCAGGUUCAGGCUGCAGGUCCAGGAGGACACGGACGGCUCUCUGGAGGACCUGAGCGACUGCUCCUCGGAAUCUAUGGAGGUGUGCUGUGAAGAGACCGGAGGGAUGUUUGGGGGUAGCGUGAAAGGACGAGAGCCUGGCCUGAAGACCGAGCAGAAAGCCGAGGGCACUAGGACCUACGCCGCGCCGGCCGAGGGCAAGGGCUCCGCUGGCACUGCCAGCGACAUGGCCGCCGCCAAGCGGGGCAAGUCGGGGGUGCCCACCAGUGGGGUGCCCCGCAGCGAGCUGAAGGUGUACCGGGCGGGCAGCACCGACGGGCGCCUUCCUGUGUCCACCAACCUGCGCAAGCAGCGCUCGCUGACCAACCUGGCGGUGCUGACGGACGCUGAGAAGAAGAUGCAGCUGUACGAGCCCAAGUGGUGCGACGAUAUGGGCAAGCCGGGCGCCGGCGGGGGGCACCUGCGGGCGGGCAAGCCCAAAGCAGGGGGCACUGGAGGGGUAGGAGGAGGAGGAGGGGCGGGCAGCGGGCAGCUCUCGCGGAACCUCUCAAAGUCGGAGCACUCACUCUUCCAGGGCAAGCCCAAGCCCUUCAGCGCACUGGCAGCGCCGACCGCGCCAGGCAAGGGCCAGAGUCGCAUCCCGCGCGGGCCCUACGCCGAGGUCAAGCCCCUCAGCAAGGCCACCGACGAGUCGGGCAAGUCCGACGACGACAUCCUCUCCGCCAAGGCCAAGGCCGCAGCUGCAGCGGGCGCCAAGAAAGGUGCCGCCGUUGCCCCCGGCGACGUAGAGGGCAAAGGUCAAGCGGAGGAAGGUGGCGAUAAGCCCUUCCUGAAGGUGGACCCGGAGCUGGUGGUCACCGUAUUGGGGGAUUUGGAGCAGCUGCUCUUCAGCCAGAUGCUGGACCCAGAGUCCCAGAGGAAGCGGACCGUUCAGAAUGUUCUGGACCUCAGGCAGAACCUGGAGGACACUAUGUCCAGUCUGAGAGGGACCCAGCUCAGCCACAGCUGUCUGGAGAGCAGCGUGUGCUACGACAGCGACGACACCAAUGCCCGCAGUCUGUCCAGCCUGUCCAACCGCUCGUCCCCUCUCUCCUGGCGCCACGGCCAGUCCAGCCCGCGGCUGCAGGCCGGGGACGCUCCGUCCUCCACGGGCAGUGGAGGAGUGGUCAGCGGCGGGGGCAUCGGGCGUAGCCAGUACACAUCCCACACCAUGCCCACACGCUGCUCCAGCCGUCUGAGCCACUCCUCCCAGAUGGAGCUGAUGGAGGGCCUUGAUGCUGACCUCAAGUCGGGCUACCUGAGCGACAGCGACCUGCUCGGCAAGAGCCUCCACGAUGAAGAUGACGACGACAACCUGGCCAACGGCUGGGAUGAGAGCAGUUCUAUCAGCAGUGGUUUAAGUGAUGGCUCUGACAACCUGAGCUCAGAGGACCUGAACGCAAGCUCCUCCCUCAAUUCCCUCCCAACCACACCCACUGGCUCACGACGCAACUCGUCCGUCAUGUUGCGUACGGACGCUGAGAAGCGGUCACUGGUGGAGAGCGGCCUGGCCUGGUACAGCGAAGAGGGCAAAGUGGCACGCAAACUGGACGCAGGCGGAGCCUAUGACACUGGCAGCCUGAAGACGGAGCCGUCCAGCCGCUGGAAGAAGAGCCGGCCGCUAGAGGGCGCUGCUCACGACAAGGCUGGCAGGGAGGUGAAGAAGCCCCAGAGUCUGGGUCAGCCGGGGAACUUCAAGAAGGGACGCAACCCUCCCGUGGGGGUCACCUCGCCCAUCACACACACAUCACAGAGCGUGCUCAAGGUCGCAGUUCCUAAGGGCGACUCCAAGCUCGGGGAUAAGGCUAAGAUGGCGGUGAAGGGCACCAGUCUGCAGCGCUCCUGUUCCGAUGCAGGACGAGACCGCGGCGAGCAUCGCAAGCCUCCCUCGGGUCUGGUCAAACCCUCGGCGGGGGGGUCCUUCGGCUACAAGAAGCCCCCGCCGGCCACCGGAACGGCCACCGUCCUGACGGCAGGGGGCGCCACCAUCUCCAGCGGCUCGGCCACCGUGGGCAAGACGCCCAAGUCCUCGGGCAUCCCCAUCAAGCCCGUGGUGUCCGGCAGCAGCCUCGGCGUGGGCGGGUUGGCGACGGGCACCGGCGGGCGCAAGAACAGCUUCGACGCGUCCAGCUGCCACGAGCAGGGCUUCAUGGCGCCCAACGCCCGCAGCAGCAUCCAGUACCGCAGCCUGCCGCGGCCCGCCAAGUCCAGCGCCCUAAGCCUGACCAGCCAGCGGUCCACCUCGCGGCCCGUCAGCGGCGCCCUCGACAGCAGCCUGAUGUCCCUCAAGCCCAUGCCCAGCUCCCCCAUGCCAGGCACCGGGUCGGUGGGCCGCGGCGGCACCAAGGGUCGCAGCAGCAGCACCAGCGGUGGCGGUAUCAGCGGCCCGGUCAACCAGACUGACCGAGAGAAGGAGAAGGAGCGGGCCAAGGCCAAAGCGGAUCUGCUGGAGAGCGCCUGUCUGAAGGCCGAGCUGCAGGUGGACAGCGCCGGAGAAGCACUCACCAAAGUCCAGGGCCUCAGGAGGGCUAGUGCCAGCAAGUACCCAGAGCUGGCCUCUCCCACCACUCAGAGGAUGGUGAGCAGUAAGUCUCUGGGCCGCCCCCCGAGCCUGGCUCACUUGGACAAGGUCAACUCCAACAGCCUGGACUCGUGCGUGUCCAUCCAGGACCUCCCGCCAAAGAUCCCCCCCUACUCCAAGCUGCAGGACCUGGCUGGCUCGUCCUCCCCAUCCUCCACGGGCCCUGGCCUGUCCCCCUCGGCGCGCCUGACCCCGAGCCCCGCGCUCCUCCUGCACAUCGACUCGCCGGGCUGCUUCUCGGGGACGUCCCUGAGCCUGGGCGGCUCUCCGCUGCUCUACCCGCGCAUGUCCGGCCUGCACCGCAGCAUGGAGGCGCUGCCGCUCCACAUGAGCCUGCCGCCCAGUGCCACCGAGCUCUCGCCGCGGCAACGCGACCGUGACGACGGCAAGGCCACCGGCACCUGGGGCGCCGGGAGCAGGACGUCCAUCACCCUCUCCGACAGUCUUCAAACAGACCGGAAUACUUUGCCGAAGAAAGGCUUGAGUCGUUAUGAUUCCACUCCUGGUGGCUCAGAGGGGAAAGAGAGGCGUCACUCCCAUAAUGCCGUGAGCCUGACCGAGUCCGACAGUCCUCCUCAGCUGCCCUCUCCCACACACAUCACACACACCUUCGCUGGCAAAACACCGCCUACCAACGUGGUGGCUCCCAUUUCCAGUGUGGGCGGAGUUCCGCGCAUCACACGUUCCAACAGCAUUCCGACCAAUGAGGCGGCUUACGACCUGUACGGCACCUCCCCGCUGGGCAGCUCCGUCUCGCUGGCCGACAGGCCCAAGAGCAUGCUCCGCUCCGGAUCGUUCCGCGAGCCCAGCGACGACGUGCAUGGCUCAGUCCUGUCAUUAGCGUCUAACGCAUCAUCCAACUACUCCUCGACGGAGGAGAGAAUGCAGGGAGAGCAAAUCCGCAAGUUGCGGCGGGAACUAGAGUGCUCUCAAGAGAAGGUGGCUAAUCUGACCAAUCAGCUCUCAGAGAACCUUGGCCAGGCAAAUUUGGUAGCUGCGUUCGAGCAGAGCCUGGCUCUCAUGACCUCCCGCCUGAACAGCCUCUCUGUCACCUCCGAGGAGAAGGACUCAGAGCUGUCGGAUCUAAAGGACACCAUUGAUGUUCUGAAGUGCAAGAACACUGAGGCCCAGACCAUCAUCCAUGGGGCUCUGAACACCCCAGAGACCGCACCCAAAGAGCUGAGGAUUAACAGACAGAACUCGUCAGAGAGCAUAUCCAGUCUGAACAGCAUCACCAGUCACUCCAGCGUGGGUAGCCUGAAGGAACAGGACCCCAAGAAGAAGAAGAAGAAGAGCUGGGUGUAUGAGCUGAGGAGCUCCUUCAACAAGGCCUUCAGCAAGAAGGGCUCCAAGCUGUCCGCCUCCUACGCCGACAUCGAGGAGAUCGCCACCCCAGAGUCGUCCGCCCCGUCCUCGCCCAAAGUGCACCACGAGCCGGAGAACUCCUCCACCCAGCUGAUGCCCUCAACGUCAGCCGCCGCCUCAGGUGUGUGUGAAGGUGAGGAGGCUGGCGAGGGUGAUGAUGGCGAGGAGAAAGUGGUGUUGGAGCUGCGCUCUGAACUCUGGGAAAAGGAGCGCAAGCUGACAGACAUCCGUCUGGAGGCGCUAAGCUCUGCCCACCAGCUGGAACAGCUGCGGGAGGCCAUGACCAACAUGCAGGCAACGGUGGAGAACCUGAAGGCAGAGAAUGACCAGCUUAAGACUGGCACCUCCUCCAGACCCUCCAGCUCCACCUCCCAGUCGUCAGGGCUCAUGUCAUUGGGCACCUCGUCACCACGGCAAUCAAUCGCUGCAUCAUUGCCUAAGACACUCGGCAUGAGUAUGGGAGAGAGUGGAGGACCAGAUGUGCUGCCAUCCAACAUGUUGGGGCUCCUGACUCAGAAGGAGGAGGGUCAGGUGCGGCUGGUGGUGUGUGUCCCAGACCAGCAUGUCUUCAAAGAGGAGAUGAAACAGCAAAACUUUUACAUUGGGUCGGUCCAGAUCACCCAAAAUACCGACUGGACCUCUCUGGACACGGCUGUUGGCCAGGCCCUCAAGGAGUACCUGUCUCUGUUGGACCCCAGCUCCAGCCUGGGCCUGACUGGGGACUCCAUCCUCAGCUACAGCGUAGGACACUGCAAACGAGUGAUGGGGGCCGUGCCCCCCGAGACCCCCCCAUCCCGCUGCCUCACCAAGAGCUCCACCUGCGUCAGCAUGACCCUCAAAGGUCUGCGUGAGAAGUGUGUGGACUGCGUGGUGUUUGAGACGCUGGUCCCCAAGGCCAUGAUGCAGCACUACAUCAGCCUGCUGCUCAAGCACCGGCGCAUCGUACUGUCCGGCCCCAGCGGAACCGGAAAGUCCUACCUGGCCUCUCGCCUCACCGAGUACCUGGUGGAACGCAGCGGCCGUGAGCCCUCGGACGGCAUCUCUGUCACCUUCAAUAUGCACCGACAGUCCUGCAAGGAUCUGCAGCUGUACCUGUCCAACCUGGCCAAUCAGAUUGACCGGGAGACCAGCACAGCCGAGAUCCCAUUGGUGGUCAUCCUAGAUGACGUGCAUGACGCCGCCUCCAUCAGUGAGCUGGUCAACGGCGCUCUGACGUGCAAAUAUCACAAAUGCCCCUACAUCAUUGGAACAACCAACCAGCCGGUGAAGAUGACCCCGAACCACGGACUUCAUCUCAGCUUUAGGAUGGUGACCUUCUCCAACAACGUGGAGCCGGCCAACGGCUUCCUGGUGCGCUACCUGCACAGGAAGCUGGUAGAGGCGGAGGAGCCGCGGAGUCUGGCCAGUGAGGAGCUCCUCCGGGUGCUGGACUGGGUGCCCAAGCUCUGGUACCACCUCCACGCCUUCCUGGAAAAGCACAGCACCUCCGACUUCCUCAUCGGCCCUUGCUUCUUCUUGUCCUGUCCCGUCACCGUUGAGGAGUUCCGUUCCUGGUUUAUUGACCUCUGGAACCAUUCCAUCAUCCCCUACCUUCAGGAGGGAGCCAAAGAUGGCAUCAAGGUGCAUGGGCAGAAGGCGGUGUGGGAGGACCCAGUGGAGUGGGUGAGAGGUACACUCCCCUGGCCGUCAGCUCAGCAGGACCAGGCCAAACUCUUCCACCUGCCGCCCCCUGCCAUGGGCCCCGGCAGCCCCGGGCAACCAGGGGACGAGCGCCCACACAAGGAGACCCCGCCCAGUGGCACCGAGUCCGACCCCCUGAUGGCCAUGCUGCUCAAGCUGCAGGAGGCGGCCAACUACAUCGAGUCUCCUGAGAAAGAGCUGGACCACAAGCUACCCACUCUCUGAGCUCCUCACAGUGGACUGAUAUGGCAGAUCUGACCUGGGCCAGACUUGGACCAGAUCUGAACCACACAUGGGUCAGAGAUCCGCCCAGCAAUCAGCUGUCGCUGGGGGAAGCUACUCUCCUCUCAAAGUCCCAGAAAGCACUAGGCUCUAGAUCUGGCUCUGAUCUGGCCCUCGUCUGGCACGGCUCUCCUGCUAUCAGAGCUAUGCGGGCCUGUAAAAUGAACUCUUUUAAAAGUCGUCAUUAUGUGUCAUUCAAUACUCCAGUAUUGUACUGUCCUAUCAAGACGUACGUAUGAAUCCCACUUGCCUACAUACUCUCAGACAAAUCGCUCCUGUGACCCAUCUUUCAAUUUCCCUUUCUUUUCAGCCAUGCCAAUUAUCAGUAUAUGUUUACAUUAAAACCAAACUGUAGAUAUGAUACUGUACUACCUAUUCUCACUGUCCGCCAUCGUCCAUGAGCAUCUUAUUUUGGUUUGCGUUGGAGUCUUAACACACCUGGUCAGUGAGAAACUUUCAUUGCCGUUUCACUGCAGCCCUCAUCAACUCAAGGAUACCGGUGCUACCUGCCUCAUCUCCACCAACCCGAUCUAGAGGCUCGCCCUGUUCAGGAAGGGAUGAAGCAAGCCUGUUCAUACCAAUAGCAUAAACCCAGCGCAGCAAUGCCUAUGAUACCAUAGUCGAUUUAAAGCCAGAGCAGUCCACACUAACAAACCCAUUUACUGCUUAUAUUAGAGGAAAAGAAGAACUGUUUUUUUUUUUCUUUUGAUUGAAUGUCCAGUUCCAGUCAAACAAAAGUCCAGCCCAGGCCAGUCCAGGCCUUUAACAUAUAUGCAGAUUUCUGAUGAUUCAGAUCCUACUCAAUCAGGUCAGCGUGUUUGAUCUGGUGCUCAAACUAACAAAAUGCCUUAAGACAUCCACUGUCUUGUGUAGUUCCACUGAGAGAGAAAGCACUGGAGCAGACGUAGAUGGUAGAGUGUGCCUGUGUGUGUGUGUGUGUGUGUGGGACAGCGAGCGGCUGUUCCCUGAGAGGAUUGUGUGUUUGAAAAUUUGCACAGUGCAGUGAGGAGUGAAUGUCAGAAGAAGGACAGUACCCAGUUUGACCUGCAGGCCCACAAGGGUCCUGCAGGGGGCAGUAAAGCUGCCUAUAUGCUCACUUCUCUGAAUUCCAAGCUCAUAUUCAGCAAAGAGGUAUAAUUGUCCAGUAAAUAAAUGUAUGGAAAUGUAUAAGAGCCAACUGAAGAGAAGGGAAAAAAUGUAAUCAAGACUAUCACCCUGUUUUUACUUAAAUGAGUUCGACCUUGGAAAGGAUUCUUUUUGAAUGUUAAUAAGAGUUUAGUGCAGUACAGAGAUAAGGCCGUAGUCGUGUGCUUUAUAUCACUAUAGACAUGGAGUUGAGCUACAGCUUAGGAUUCAGUGAUCUCUUAUGUCAGAUAAGUAGGAUAUCUCAGGCUUAAUUUACACACUCUCUCAUUAGUAGCAGCCAAACCACUCAAGUUAUAUGGUGCAAUUUUCUUCUAAUGGCAGACCAAAUACUCAUACAUACCACGCAUAUUGAUUGUAACACAACUGAGUAUAGGUACUGCAUAAGUAGACUGAUAGAUCCAUAAAAUGUGUGCACUGUAUAGGGCUGGUGGUAGACCAUUGUAGUUAAUUGGUGCUAUGAACUAACAUUCACUAGAUGCUCAUCAGAGAUAGUGUGAGGUAAUGGUUCUGCCCAUGAAAGCCAUCCAGUGGUCAUAAAUGUAUUGAUCCAUCACCCAAUGACACGUGUAACAUGAAGUCAUCCACUCUUAAUAUCAUGUUUUGACCCUGCACACUCUUCAGUGAUAUGAGUUUUAAGUGCAUUUACACCCAAUAUAGCUCAGUCAAUACAAGGAGAUUGACGUCUUUCUUUUCUCAAACUCCUCAGUGAGCUUAUGGCAGUGUUGUACAGCUUGGACUGUGGGUGUCGGUACUAGUAUUCCUUGUCGUUGUACACUACAGUGAUCACACAACCUAAAAGGGAACCAUAAUCAGGUGCCAUUGAUAUGUAAUGAAGCCUGAUUGAGUUCCCUAAAAUAUGCAGUUGCAUUGCAUGCAAUAGAUAGCACUGGGGUUUGCACACAGACUGCAGUGGACUAGUAACCUAUCCAUGGGUCAAAAGCCAAAAGUCAGAAUAUGAGCAUAUAGCACUUGGCUAAAGUGCAUGUAGAGUUGAACAUAGAGCUGGGCAGACCACAACCAAGUAGAUGGUUGAAAGACUCAUCAUUUAAAAUAUUCCUUCCUUUUCUAAACUAUUGUUGUUUUAUACCUCUACAUGACUACCACUGUUUAACUCGUCUGUGAUUGAAUGUCAGAAUUGGUUGCUUCAUUUCUAUAACAGCGGAAUGGAUGCCAUGUUUGUGAAUGGUUAAAAUAAUAACACAUAUAUCACACAAGCUAGUUAAAGACGUGACAAAGUAGUCCCAAGUCAUUUUUACUGAACAAGUCUUUUAUACUUUUGGUUGUUUCUUAGCUGCAACUAAGAGCUUUAUCUGAUUACUUUGAGACAGUCCGCUGUAAACGUCAAUGGCUUUUGCUAUAUUUCCCUUGUGGAAGUACCAGUUAGCACAGAGGCAAGUAAACGUGUAGUAAUGUUUCAGUAUUCCUAUGAUGAACAGAUAAGAGACACGUGUGCUCAGAUCUGGUGAUGAUGACCAGACGGAUGGAGGCCGAUUCCGGUGCUGUCCUGGCCCAGAUCUGGCUGACACACAGGCCAGUUUCGACUCCAUCUGUCCUGGAGACCCUCAGCCCCAUCUGACUCCCCUACACCAUCCCUAUCCUUUCUGCCCACCUCCAUCCUUUGUGAACGAAGUGUUGGUACCAAAAGCCAUCCUGUCCUGUCUCCAUCUCUCUCCAUCUCUCUCUCUCUGGGUGUCGUGCCUGUACUCUGUAAUGGAUGUGCUGUGUUGUGCUGGGACAUUUUCACUUUAGAAGACUAUACAGCAACUUCUACUGGCAAAGGAAAACACUAAAGAUCCCCUCUUCCCUCGCAGAUCAACUAAUUAACUGUGGUUUAUGAGGCAUGGGAAUGAUGUUUGUUCUAAAUCUGUUGUCUGUUUUCUUUUUUUACUUUUAUUUUCUUUUUUGUUGUUUUUCCCUCACUUGGAUAGUGCGAUGAACAGAGGUUUCUGCCAAAUGACUAAACAUUGUUUUAGUCAUGGUGGAGGUCUAUUUCUCUUCAGUGAGGUUCCUGGGGCCUAGCUGUAUGCUGAGGGAGAGUGGCUGGUUGGGUUCAAACCUAAUACCAAAAACGUCUGACACAAGGCCUUACUUCACUGAGUUGAAUGGGGAGGGACCUCCACUGGAAGAAGCUAAGAGUGAGCUGUGGAUUCAGCUGUCUGGUUCUCUGUGAGGAGGUUUUUUUUUCUGUAUUCUCUCCCCUCUAUUGCCAGUGCUAAAAAAAAACGUUUUUUUUUUUUUUUCAGCUAUGUUGAAUGAUUUACUGAAAUUUGACAAGUAAUGUAUCAGAGGGGUAUAGUUCUUAAACCCUGAGAAUCACUUAAAUGUUGUCCUCAAAGCAGACCACUACAGGUUGCUGGAUAGUCGCAUACAUCAUGUUAAGCUUCUUACUGAGUCAAUAUGGAGAAAAUAAAUUAAUAAAUAAAUAAAUAAAAUAAAGGUUCAGUGAUGGUAUAUCUGAUGUAACUUACAGUGUGCAAUGAUGGAUGUGCAGUAGACCUCUACAUGUUGUAAAUGCAUGUCGCUUUGGUGUUGGACUGACACUUAAAGUAGCUUUAGGAGAGGUUUUCAGAGGAAUGCAUCUGAUGAAAUUCAUAUUUUUCUUUUUACAGGUAUUCCUCUCCCUCUGUGAAAUCCUUUAUAAAAUUCCAUUACAAUUUUGUACAGGACAUCAUAUUAUUGUAAACAUUGUAAAUAGUUCUGCAUUUGCGACAACAAUCAUAAACAUGACAUCUACAAAAAUAUGUGUGGAAAGGUAGAAAACCUUUCUUCUUCAGUUCUUUGGCACACAAAAACAUGUAGGCAUGCCUGUACAUCUGUCCAACAUUUAUCCAACAUAUCCAUUUGUCUUAAUAAAGCCAUGUCAUUCUUU